GAAAUAUAAAUAUCAUUUUUAUCACAAUAUUAUUUAUUUGGUCCAACUAUAUAUUAUGGUUUUAGAAGAUAUAGUUGCCAAAUGUAGAGGAAGGAACAGAGAUGGUCUGGCAAAUUCGCUCUAGAGCUCGUACGGUCAUGUCAAGAGUGGCAGUUCUAAGCUCCUCUUCGGUCUAUGGGGACUCCUUUCAUUGCUCACCCUUUUCUGGUUUAACCAAUUCCUUUGUGGGGUUUUCCAGAAAUUGGCCUAAUCCAAACGCAACACAGUGGAGCAAGAAUAUGGAGUCCCAUUUGAGAUUACUGCCUUCAGUCAAGAGAAACCAAAUUUCGAGACCGGAGGCUUCAAGCUGUUCCCUUGGACUUGCACAAGAACUUACCUGCUAUAAAGUGGAAAAUACGGGCAAAACUGAUGGGGACCAGGACUUGUUUGCUGAAAUGAAACAAAGAUUUCUUAGUUUCAAGAAGCAGAAAUAUCUAGAGGAUUUGGAGCAUUUUCAAGCACUUGCUGAAGUUCAAUACCCUAAGUUUAUGGUAAUUGCUUGUGCAGACUCUAGAGUAUGUCCUUCUAUCAUCCUUGGGUUUCAACCUGGUGAAGCAUUUAUGAUUCGAAAUGUUGCGAAUCUUGUUCCCCCACUUGAGCAUGGACCAUCAGAAACUAAUGCUGCUCUGGAAUUCGCAGUAAAUACUCUUGAAGUUGAAAACAUAUUAGUCAUUGGUCACAGUAGCUGUGGUGGAAUACAAGCCCUUAUGAGCAUGCAAGAUGAUGUAGACUCAGGAAGCUUUCUAGAAAAGUGGGUCAUUAAUGGGAAAUCUGCCAAGUUAAGAGCAAAAGCUGAAGCGGCCCACUCUAGCUUUGACCAGCAAUGCGGACACUGUGAGAAGGAAUCAAUCAACCGUUCGUUACUGAACUUGCUUACGUACCCGUGGAUACAAGAGAGAGUCAGGAAAGAGUUACUCUCUAUUCAUGGAGGGUAUUAUGAUUUCCUGAAUUGUUCAUUUGAGAAGUGGACUCUUGAUUUGAAGGGAAGCAGUAUUGAAGGGGGCAGAUACUCUUUCAAAGAUCAAGCAUUUUGGUAUUGACUUGUCUGCCACCAACUGAGCUUGACCUUACAAACUCUAAUUUUUUUCCCCUUAAAUUUCUUAGUGUUCUUUCAUACAACUGAAAUCAUGUAAUUUAUCUGUCUGUAAAAAGAAAUUACAACUUGCUUGUAAUUCCUGCAUAUGCACGGGCAUAUUUAACAGUAACAUUCAAUAUGUACUCAAGUCAUUGUUUGAACAAACAAAUUGCACAAAUGAUUUACAAA